AAUGGCCUUCCGGCAUCCCAAAGGGUGUUUCAUUCAUGAUCAUCUCCAAUCUUCCAGCUAUUCAAGAAUCCAAUCAAGUCUGCUGAUUACUUUUUGGAUUUGAGACACUUGUCCCAAUUCACAAGCGAUCAUAUAUAUAUUAUUAUCCUUGCAUACGAAUCAAAAUUCUUAAACUCGACAACACGAUCACCAAAUGGGUGCAUCGUCUUCGACGGAGCAAGUUUCGCCGGAGCGACGUGAGGCGGAAUCAUUAGCUGCGUCCACCGGUGCUCUAACUGUGCUGGAGAAAUCCUUUUCAAAUCUUUCAGAUCCUCAAACUCAAACCAUCCCCAUUAGUUCUCUAAAGGAAUGCUUUGAAUUAUCCAUUGAUUACGAAAGUUGCGAAGCGUCAUUCAAACCAGAAAACUUUCCUGGAUUACUGAAUCAUCUUAACCAUUCAAUAGUGGAACAGUUUUUCUCAGCUGAAGAAAACGGUCUAAACUGGAUCGCGUUCUUGAAUGGCUACACCAAAUGCUGUGGAAGGAUGACGACAUCAGAUUCAUUAAACAAUUUAUUGAGAGUCUUUGGGUCGACGAUUACAAAAUCAGGAGCCACAACAGGAUUGCAAAUCGAUUCUAGUGAUGGUGAUUAUAAGAUAAACGGGCAUCUACUUCCCGCUGAUUUAUUGAUGCUUUUGUGGAUGUGUUGGGCUAUGUAUUGGGAUUCUAGAAAUUCAAAAGGGGGAGUGAAAUUUGAUCUUGUUGAUGUGAAUAAUUUAGUGUUGUCUGCUGUUUCUUCGUGUGGUGAUGGUGGUAGUGAGUUGAAUGUAUGGGAUGAUAGUUUAUUGGGAUCUGAUAUACAACUUCCUAUUGGGAAGCUUCAUGUGUGGGUGUUGAAAACAGUGCCUAAUCUUCCUGAAUGCUUGGUGCAAUUUGUUUAUUCAAGACUUUCCAAAUUUGCCCCUCAACAGGAAAAAAUGGAGGCAUCAUCUUCAUCUACAAAUGAUAAUCACUCAAAUUCAGAAUCUCAUACAUAUCUUUUAACUCCUGGAAAAGCUUGGUCUAUUUCACUUACCCUAAGAAGUACAAUGCAUGAAGAAAUUUUGAAAACGUGUUUUGCACAUCAUGAUGAAGUUAAAGAAAAUCUACUAUAUCGGGCUUCUCUUCAUGGAAAAGGGUUGAAUAGAUUUUGGUCAAACGUUGAGGGGUAUAAUGGUCCAAUUCUUCUACUUAUUUCCGCUACUUCAGAAGAUCAUAGUUGGACAAUUGGUGCACUUACUCACCAAGCUUAUGAAAACAAGGAUACAUUUUAUGGAACAUCUGGAAGCCUUUAUGCUAUAAGCCCUGUUUUUGAUCAUUUUACAUCAUCAGGCAAAGAGAAGAACUUUGUAUACAGUCACUUGCAUGUGGCUGGUUAUGAGGCUUAUCCUAAGCCUGUAGGAAUUGGUUUUGGAGGAUCAAAUGGAAACGAGAGAAUUUUUAUGGAUGAAGACUUUUCAAAGCUUAUUGUGCGCCAUCAUGCGUACGAUAAAACCUACCACCCUGGUUCCCUUUUUCCAAAUCAGGGUUACUUGCCUACAGAAGCUCAAGUUUUGGAUGUGGAAGUAUGGGGAUUAGGGGGCAAAAAAGUAAAAGAAGCUCAAAAUUCAUUCCUGAAAAGAGAACAAUUAUUCACAGAACAAAGGCGAAAGAUUGACUUGAAGACUUUCACAAAUUGGGAAGACUCACCCGAGAAGAUGAUGAUGGACAUGGUGUCAAAUCCUAGUGCUGUUCAGCGUGAAAAAAGAUAAUUUUUGUGUGGGUUACUUUAGUUCACAUGAGGAUUGGAACAAUGGAAUAAAGGGUUUCGGGUGUGGUGUCUAUAGAGGGACAUUGAUCGGCUUGUUUUGGAGUCUUGGAGAUGAUGUCAUUUAUGUGUAUAUAUGUGUACAAUAUAUAAUGGAAUUGUGCAACUAAACUAUUGUUUUUGUAUUUAUUGGGGUAGAAUAUUAUUCCAAACACCAAUUUUUGCAAUAGAUAUAAUGUUUGGUGCAAAAA